GUGAAGAACACAUCAUUUAUAAGAGUGUCACCAGUAAUGGAGUUUAACAAACCCAUGUCUGGUGGCGGUGACAAAGCGGAGGCAGAAAUCGAAGCACCAGUUGCAACCGUGGAUAGAUGCUGCUUGGUUGUACAAAUGCCAAGCGUCGAGGAAAUGCGUCGUGAAGUAGCGGAUAUAACAUGCCAAAUGCAGUCCGUAUACUUCAAUGGUGGCUCACCAUCGGUUCCAACUAGGCCACUUACCAGAGCUUUGACGGACAGGAAUACCGAGUCCUCAAGUGAAGAAGAUAGUUCCGAAGCAGACGUUGAUCGACGACCGUCGUACAGAAGAUUUCACACAGUCGGCACACCUAUGUCAAGAAGUUGUAGAUGGUCAAGAGGAGGCAGGAAAUGCAAGCUGGCUUCGAAAGCAAACACAAUCGAUCGUAUGACCGGAAUAGAUUAUGGCCCACUACUGGAAAUGGAAUCAGCCCAGAAUAAAGGAAGUUCGAUUUUACCACGAGAAGAACAGGUUUCGGAGGAGUUUGUGAUCAACGGGAAACGAUACCGUCAAACCUACCGAAGAAAAGUGGUGCUCGAAAGGAGGACUACGCGUGAUGUAUUCUUUCUCCCAGCCACUACGUCGGACGGCGGAGCAAAUGAAGGAGUUAGUCGAGCGAUUGAGUACACCUCGCCUGCGUUUGAUCAAACCAAAGAACGAUACAACCAUGUUGGGCGACCCAUUGCUGAGACUGGUGAAUGCAGACCCCGACUAGAUUUGGCCGUUAUUCAUAAUAGUUCGGGAUUCAGCGACAAAAAUUCUUGCAUCACGCCGUCUGUUGUAAUGAGAUCAACAUGUGGUACAUCACUGCCGUUGAACAGUGCGCUGGCUUUGGAAGAAUCCUCUGGGGAAAAUAAAAUCAGUGAGAAGCGCCAUGCAGGGGUUGCAUCUGAUGGUUUGAAAUCAGUUUCCGUCACCAGUAACAGUUCAGUGGAACGAAAGAGAGGAGAACAUCCCAGAAGAUCGAAAAGUCGAUAUCUGGUCCAGGAGGUUGCUGAUGCUUUCCGAAAGCACAUCGCAACGAACCUGCGACGAAGCAGGAGUAGCGUCAAAGCCACGGCUGCAUUUCAUGGUACCAUGGAUGUACCAAAGAUGAUCGUCAGUUCAUUCACCCAUCACGUCCCCGAAAACUCCUCUGCCUUUCAAGAAAGUGACGUGCUUACGAAAAGUCCCCCCUGUUGUCGGAUCCUUGGCUACAUGUAUCAAUUUGGUGUAUGGGACGACAAAGCGCCUGUUUUAGACCCCCGAUUACCAUUGGCAGUCUGUGGAAGCUCUUCGUCACAACGGCUUGCAGACAGAUGUGGAACCGUUAUUGCGAAUCCCCCGGAAUGGCACCACGCAGAAGUCGGUCCCAGUCCAUCGGUCACGGCACAAGAGUCUCUGGUCCGGGGUCGUAUAGUAGCAUGCUUGCAGCGGUUCACGCAGCACAGCCUGACCAGUGGAAAGGCUCUGCAUCGAAGCACCUACGUUCAACAGACCAGACUUGUUCGAAAGAGAAAGAAUCAGAAGAGUGAUUCCAAUGUGCUUCCGGUGAAUGACGACCAACAGCUCACUGGAGACAAGGAGUCAGAUGGAACAAGACAACGUGUACUACUUGGAUCCGGAAAUCAAGACACUGGAUUAGAAAAGAACGAAAUACAAGGGGGCACCAAAGCCGGAGCUGGAUGGUUUCCUUCAACGGGCGAGUUCACUCAGUGCUGUCCAGAUCGUUUACAAAUCCUACAAUCAAUUUGUCCAGCAGCUGCGGCGGCGACCAUCUUGUUGGGAAGGCAGUUUUUGUCCAAGACUCUGACCGAUUCGGACUACGAUUCAAAUGAUGAUAGUGGAGAACUGGGACAGUCUACCAAUGGGACCAGAGUUUUGGUUACUGCUAAAUCCUGGUGUCCACCUGCCCUUAUUUCGCAAAAUCUCUCACCAUAUUUAAUAUUCAGUAACAGUGAAGAUGAACCAAGAGAUAAUGGGCUUCCUUUCAAAGAAAAAUCUUCAGGCGUGCCACAUCUUCGAAUCCGUGGAGGAACUCUGGAUGGUCUUAUUGCCUACACGUUACGGUUACUUGGAAGUGAGUCGCAAGCAUCGUCUCAGCUCGACAGCUUGUUUCCUCAUGUGUUUCGAGUGACCUACUCAACAUUCUCAUCACCAGAAAAAGUUAUCGAAAAGCUCAUCCAGGCCUAUGUCGCCCAUUCCCCGGUGGAACCCGGUUGCCAAACCACGAACUGGGCAGAAGCCUUGUGUGCUGCUCGCUUCCUUGUUACUCUGGCCAAGGAGCUUCAUCCCGAACAACUCUCAGCACGGAUUAUCCUUCAGCUUGCCAGAUUUACCAGACUUCUUUUGUUAGACGGUUCAAUGGCGUAUGCAAAGCAGCACCCGUCGUCUGUUGUCAAACAGCUAUCCCAAGACGAAAACCUGGAUGAACAUUCAGGAGACUCAUCCGUGAAUUGCGUUUCUGCCGAGCACAAACUACUCGCCGACUCACUUUUGGAUAGCCUACCACUACUUUCCAAAAACGCAGGGCUACGCAAGCGUACAACCUCGUGCUCUAAAGGUUCAAGCCCUGAAAAUCAAAACACAGUCAGUGGUGGCAUUCUGACCGAGAGAAAUCCACAAAAAAUCCAUUUAAAACGCAAAUCUACUGACAAUUCGGAAAUGCUUGCAUCCAAGAAUGAACGUAAUUUUGGGUGUGAAACUCUCCCGAGUGUGCAUCAAACCUCGUUUGGUCCCUCUUCCCAACCAGAUUCACCGAGAUCUUUGGGUCUGCGUGAAAGAAUCAGACUUUUUCUGGAGAAUGAUGCUCAGUCUAUUGCCACGGAAAUAACCCGCGUAGAAGAGGAGAUGUUCGAGAAGAUUGAUUUCCAUGAAUUCCUCGACAUACACCGCCUUGAACGAGGGGAUGCACGAACGCUUGGGUUGUGCGUGGAGCACUUCAAUAUAAUCACCAGAUGGGCUCGAAGUUUACUGUUUGUUGUAGGUCCAAAGGUGGCAGAGGAAGAUGAGACUAAGGCUAACGAGGAUGACCCGUUGCACAAAGGUACAAAUCCGACCAUCAGUGAUACAACCCCUGGCGGAUUGAUAAAUGUGACAAAAGAGGAACGCGUCCAAGAGGUUGAGGUUGAUACAAAGCAUAACUCCACUAGUUCAGCCGUCAAAAUGAAGAAUUCUAAGUCAUCGCCAUCACAUACAACUCUCCGGACUGCCAGUGAAUCGCAGGAGAAAACACGAUGGAAUAUGUAUUGUUUACCUAAUUUUUCCACUCGUGGACCGGAAGAAAAGCUUCUUCGGCUGAGAAAACUGAACAUGCUGAAUGCGGUUUUCUGUCAGCUUUGUGAAAUCUUAAAGCACUUGAAAAUUUUGAAGAACUUCAGUUCGUUUCUGGCUCUGCUUCUGGCAGUUCAGGAAGUUCCGGAGAACUUGCUUUCCAGAAAGUCAAAGUCUCUAUUUUCCGCUUUCUCUACCUACAUGAAACCACCAAUGUUUUCCGAAUAUCGUCGAGAUUUGGAAGCGGCCGAUUUACCAUGUCUACCUUAUUUGGGUUUGAUUUUUCAACAACUGAUUCACUUGCACGUGGGAAAUCCUAUAUUUCUGGGUGAGAAAGAAGAAUCUGAACAAAAAUGCCCAACCAUGGGACAAGAAUCGGUGUACGGAAAAGGUCCUUUGGGUGUAAUGGAGAGUGCAAUAUCCACAACAGAGAAUAUGAUCAAUGUUUGGCGGUGUUGGAAGCACUAUCUUAUUCUGGGUUACUUUAUCAAACGCAGAGAGAAUCCACAAACAAGCCGUCACAAACUGCUCAAAAACACCUCUAUUCAAGAUAUUUUGAACAACUUCGAAGAUGGCGUUCCGGAUGCUGUCCUGGAUCAAGCAAAAGAACAACUCAUUCACCCCGCAAAAACAAAACGUGCGAGACAGAACAGACUGACAUCGUGAGGUGACUGAACACGCAAAUAUGUACACAUCAAUGGUACCCUCUAUGCACACAAAAUUGCCACAUUCUGUCUAAUCAGGUUUUUUCACUUCUAUUGAUCGACAAUAAAACGUCCAUCUGGCCCUCCACUCACUAAUUCAUAGUAUUUGUUGCAAUUGCUUGCGUUUCUUUAAAAUGGCCACCAAAUGUGACCGACAAACUUGUUGAAUUUUUG